GGGAGGUGAGGCGGUGAGAGGGUGUGGGUUGGAGGCAGUCAGGCAGAAGGCAAGGCCUUGAAUCAGUUGAAUGCUGGGUGUUACUUGAGGUAUUCGACUCGGAAGUUCUAUAACGAUCAGGGUGAAACAGAGAAUGAGCAUGGAAACCAAGUUGAUGCUGGAAAGAGUUUUCACCAACUUGUUGUAGGAAUAUACUAUCCCGAACCGCAACCAAUUUGACCGUAUAUAAGGAGCCUCCCCACCACCUCACUGUCAACUUCACUUCUCUUAGUGAUCAAAACUUUACAAUCAUCUAAUUAACCCACAAGGUUCAACAUAAAAUGGCUUCUUCUUUUGAUCCACGAAGCAAACCAAGCUGGAAAGUACCAGAUAGAGAAAAUGUCCUCGAAUUAAUAAUCGUACACAGCGCAAUUUACACCAUGCUGAUGGAUCAGACCGCCCCAACAUCCUCCAUUAGACUUGAAGAUGCCGAUUAUCACGAGGUCAAAAACCUCUCUGUCAAGGAAGUAGAGGAGAAACUUGAAGCUCUCAAGAAAAAAUUAGAUGAUGCGGAAUUUAGUUUGAUUUCACGAGGCAAGUCCAACCAGACCUAUCGUGCUUGUAGCGAUGGUGUCAAACGUUAUGCGCUGAAGGAUAUAAAUAAAUGCUUUAAACCAAGAGCUGAAAAAAGAGAAGCCAUCCGUUAUAUGAUUGAUCUUAUUAUCCAGUCCUUCAAAGAAGAAAAACGACCUACACUUGCUAAGCUGAACACGUCGAGCUCAGCUCUUGAUGACAUAUGUUGCGCUAUAGGUUGCACCAGAUCAAGUCUUAAUGUAGAUCCUAGUGUAAGAGGCGUUGUUGGAGGUCUGCUUUCGAUCAAGAUUGGAAAGUACAAAACCUUGUGUACACGCAGGGAUGAUGGGGAACCCAUCCCGCCUUUUAUGCAUUCAGAUAUUAUUUUGAAGAAUCGAGGAGCCAAGUUCGUAUUGGUGGUGGAAAAGAAAUCCGCUUUUAAUACUCUCAUGCAAGACAAGUUUUACGUUGAUUAUCCAUGUAUAAUCAUCACUGGAAUAGGAAUGCCGGAGGUGGGGAGCAGAAGUUUUCUAAACGUAUUGUCGGAGAAGUUUAAGAUUCCAGUGUAUGGCCUUUUCGACUGUGAUCCAGCUGGCAUCGAAAUUUUAUCGGUUUAUGCUGCUGGGUCGUACAAUCAAUCGUACGAUAGUGUGAAUUUGAGUUGCCCGUUUAUGAUGUGGUUGGGUGUUUGGCCGAGUGACCUACAUGCGCUUAAAAUACCCUGCAAGGAUUUAACUUCAGAGGAGAUUAGAAAAGUAAACACUCUUUUGGAAAAAGAUUUUGUGAAAGAGUAUCCGACAUUGCUUGAGGAGCUGCAACUUAUGAAGAAAAAGAAGAGAAAGGCGAACCUUGAAGCUUUGGAGGAGUUUGGGCGCACUUGUUUGACCAAGUACUAUUUGCCAUAUAAGUUGAAGUAUCUCUUGACCGACACCGACUAAAGCAACAGAUAUGUAGAAAUUCAUAUUACAUUUUUUUAAUCAAGCUUUUUUUUUGUAGCAUUUUUGUUUUUUGUUUUUUUUAUUGUUUUUGGAGAAUGUAGAAUUUGAUGAUUUAUAUUAAUAGUACCAUUGGUGCGUCUUAUUAUAAUUUUGAAAUACUAAUAAAGCUUUGUGGGAGUUUUUCUGGCUUUGCAGCCAUUUUGCUAACUUUUGGGUCUUCGUGUGUUCCUAAUUUUGUUAUGUUCCUAAUUUUGCUAGCUAAAAUCGUCGAUUCAAUUAGUCCAAAACAAAAAAACAAAAAAUCCUCAAAUCAAAAUAUGGGCACAAUGCGACCGAGAUCCCCCUCUGCCUCCCCUCCCUGUCCGCCCGCAUUUUUCUCGACGGCUGCUUCCUUCGCUACCACAACUACAGCUUCUACUCCGAAGCUUCCGUCCUGGCCGUCGACGCCGUCGUCUGCGGCGGAGAUGGCGCAGCGGUGUUUAAGGA